AUGGGCGAGUGGCAGCAGGCGACCACGAUGGGCUUUGACGUAGAGCACGUCCUGUCUCAGCUGAGCCAAAACGAGAAGAUUGCUCUCUUGUCCGGCAUUGAUUUUUGGCAUACCUACCCCAUUCCCAAGUACAACGUCCCGUCAAUCCGCCUGACAGACGGCCCCAACGGCAUCCGAGGCACAAAGUUCUUUGCUGGCAUUCCUGCUGCUUGUCUGCCAUGUGGAACAGCCCUGGCCUCUACCUGGGACAAGCAGCUGCUGAAGAAGGCCGGAAAGCUGCUCGGUGAUGAGUGCAUCGCAAAAGGCGCCCACUGCUGGCUGGGCCCAACCAUCAACACUCCGCGGUCCCCUCUGGGUGGCCGCGGCUUCGAGUCCUUCUCGGAGGAUCCGUACCUGUCCGGCAUCCUCGCCGCAUCCAUGAUCCUCGGCUGCGAGAGCACGGGCGUCAUAUCCGCCGUCAAGCACUUUGUCGGCAACGACCAGGAGCACGAGAGGCGAGCGGUCGACUGCCUCAUCACCCAGCGGGCUCUCCGAGAGAUCUAUCUCCGACCUUUCCAAAUCGUAGCUCGAGAUGCAAAACCCGGCGCCUUGAUGACCUCCUACAACAAGGUCAAUGGCAAGCACGUCGCCGAUAGUUCCGAGUUCCUGCAGGGCAUCAUCCGGACAGAGUGGAAAUGGGAUCCCUUCAUUGUCAGCGACUGGUACGGCACUUAUACCACUAUAGAUGCUAUCAAAGCCGGUCUUGAUCUUGAGAUGCCUGGCGUCUCUCGGUAUCGCGGCAAAUACGUUGAGUCUGCCCUGCAGGCCCGUCUGCUAAAGCAGUCCACCAUCGAUGAGCGUGCUCGCCGCGUGCUCAGGUUUGCCCAGAGGGCAAGCCAACUCAAGGUCUCUGAGGUGGAGCGAGGCCGCGACUUUCCGGAAGACCGUGUUCUCAACCGCCAGAUCUGCGGCAGCAGCAUUGUCCUGCUGAAAAAUGAGGAUUCUUUCUUACCUCUCCCCAAGACCAUCAAGAAGAUCGCCCUCAUUGGAUCUCACGUGCGGCUACCGGCCAUUUCUGGAGGAGGCAGCGCCUCUCUUCUCCCUUACUAUGCUAUCUCUCUAUACGAUGCCGUGUCCGAAAUUCUGCCCGGUGCCACCGUCACGCAUGAGGUCGGCGCCUAUGCCCAUCAAAUGCUGCCCGUCAUCGAAGCGAUGAUCAACAACGCCGUGAUCCACUUCUACAACGACCCCAUCGAAGUCACAGACAGGAAACUCCUGGGCAGCGAAAACGUCUCCUCGACGUCGUUCCAGCUCAUGGACUACAACAACAUUCCAACGCUCAACAAGGCCAUGUUCUGGGGUACUCUCGUGGGCGAGUUUAUCCCUACCGCCACAGGAACCUGGGAGUUUGGCCUCAGUGUCUUUGGUACAGCGGACCUUUAUAUCGACGAUGAGCUCGUCAUUGAGAAUACAACACAUCAAACGCGCGGUACAGCCUUUUUUGGCAAGGGGACGACGGAGAAAGUCGGCACCCGGGAGAUGGUGGCCGGAACCACCUAUAAGCUGCGUCUAGAGUUUGGAUCUGCCAACACGACCAAGAUGGAGACGACCGGUGUUGUCAACUUUGGCGGCGGUGCCGUGCAUUUGGGCGCCUGUCUCAAGGUUAGCCCGCAGGAGAUGAUUGCGCGGGCCGUCAAGGCCGCGGCCGAUGCCGACUAUACCAUCAUCUGCACGGGACUCAGCGGCGAAUGGGAAUCCGAGGGCUUCGACCGGCCACAUAUGGAUCUGCCCCCUGGAGUCGACACCAUGAUCUCGCAGGUUCUCGAUGCCGCGCCAAAUGCCGUGGUCGUCAACCAGUCGGGCACCCCGGUCACUAUGAGCUGGGCCUCCAAGGCGAAGGCCAUUGUGCAGGCUUGGUACGGCGGUAACGAGACAGGCCACGGAAUCUCCGAUGUGCUCUUUGGCGACGUCAACCCUUCAGGCAAACUGUCCCUGUCGUGGCCGGUCGAUGUGAAGCACAACCCGGCCUACCUCAACUAUGCCAGUGUUGGGGGACGGGUCUUGUAUGGAGAGGAUGUUUACGUCGGCUACAAGUUUUAUGAUAAGACGGAGAGGGAAGUUUUGUUUCCAUUUGGACAUGGGCUAUCAUACGCCACCUUCGAACUCUCAGAUCCUACCGUCAAGACGGUCCCCGAAACCUUCCGCCCGAACCAGACCGCCGUCGCCAUCGUCAAGAUCAAAAAUACGAGCAACGUCCCCGGCGCGCAGGUCUUACAGCUGUAUAUUUCGGCCCCCACCUCGCCAACGCACCGCCCUGUUAAAGAGCUGCAAGGGUUCGAAAAGGUGUACCUCGAAGCCGGCGAGGAGAAGGAGGUGCAAAUCCCCAUUGACAAGUACGCCACCAGCUUUUGGGACGAGAUUGAGAACAUGUGGAAGAGCGAGGAGGGCACGUAUGACGUGCUUGUAGGGUUCUCGAGUCAGGAGAUUGUGGGCAGGGGGAAGCUAGUGGUGCCCCAGACACGAUUCUGGACGGGAUUGUGA